AUCUCCAAAGCCUACUCUAAAAAAUAACCACAAGAAUCACUGCCAAAACUGCCAUGGGAGAACUCGACGAAGCUUUUAUCCAAGCUCCAGAACACAGACCCAACACUCACCUCACAAACUCCGGUGAUUUCAUUUUCUCCGACGAGAUCCCGACCAUCGACCUCUCUUCUCUCGAAGAUACUCAUCAUGACAAGACUGCGAUCGCCAAGGAGAUUGCAGAGGCAUGCAAGAGAUGGGGAUUUUUUCAAGUGAUCAACCAUGGCUUGCCUUCAGCUUUAAGGCAUCGUGUAGAGAAGACAGCUGCUGAGUUUUUCAAUCUAACGACGGAGGAGAAGAGGAAAGUGAAAAGAGACGAAGUGAAUCCUAUGGGUUAUCACGACGAAGAACACACUAAGAACGUUAGAGAUUGGAAGGAAAUUUUCGAUUUCUUCUUACAAGAUUCCACGAUCGUUCCGGCGUCACCGGAGCCGGAAGAUACUGAGCUCCGAAAGCUCACGAACCAGUGGCCUCAAAACCCUUCUCAUUUCAGAGAGGUAUGCCAAGAAUAUGCAAGAGAAGUUGAGAAGUUAGCUUUUAGGCUAUUGGAACUUGUCUCCAUUAGUUUGGGUCUACCUGGUGAUCGGCUAACCGGUUUCUUCAAUGAGCAAACUAGUUUUUUGCGGUUUAACCAUUACCCUCCUUGCCCGAACCCCGAGCUAGCAUUAGGUGUUGGACGUCACAAAGAUGGAGGAGCUUUAACCGUCCUGGCCCAAGAUAGUGUAGGUGGAUUACAAGUGAGUCGUAGAUCGGAUGGACAAUGGAUCCCCGUGAAACCGAUCUCGGAUGCUUUGAUCAUUAACAUGGGCAAUUGUAUUCAGGUAAACGUAGACUUUCGGCUCAAAACCAAUUAGCAAUGAACGAAGUUGCAUGUCAAUAUAUCUUCGAUGUAUUAUAUUAGAGUUGAUGAAUGAAAAUAAGAUUUUGUGGAGUAGGUGUGGACAAAUGAUGAGUAUUGGAGUGCUGAACAUAGAGUGGUCGUGAAUACAAGCAAAGAGAGAUUCUCAAUACCAUUCUUCUUCUUCCCAUCACAUGAAGCCAAUAUUGAGCCAUUGGAGGAGCUUAUAAGUGAGGAAAACCCGCCUUGUUAUAAAAAGUACAAUUGGGGAAAGUUCUUUGUUUCAAGAAACAGAAGUGAUUUCAAGAAACUCGAGGUUGAGAAUAUCCAGAUUGAUCACUUCAAGGCUUAGUUAAUCACAUUAUAAUUAAACCUUAUGUUGAUUUCUAUUCGUUCUUUUUAUAUAAGUUAGCCAAGUUCAUAUUUCCCAAAAUGCACGCGAGAUUUUACAUGUUUAUGUUUAAAAUAAACGGUCAUCAGAAUGUUGUGUCAUUUGCGAUCUUCGUCAUUUUUCAUUUCCAAAUAUACGUAGACUGACCUAAUGUUGAUAAAUGCGAUAGUUCUUAAUUUCACAUGUUUA